CUAACUAGCUUAGCCGCCUCCGAGCUAACAUAUGAGCUGCUGUUUAUACCGCUGGUCCCGCCCAUUCCGCUGUCUUCCGCUCUCCUAUUGGCUGACGCCGCUCUGAUCUGUCCAAUGAUCGACGACUCCAGGAACCGGGAGGGGCCGGGGUUCGUUUUGAACCAAACGGAAGGCGCGCUGACGACGAAAGUCCGCCUCCUCGGGUGUGCGUGUCCAAUCAGAGUGGGGGGCUCGCUGCCGGGUCCGGCCCGCUCCGGGGAGAUGAUGCAGAGGCUCUGAUGCUCCGUGCGCUCGUCUGGAUGCCUCAAAUCACACCAUGCCGCUGCCAAAAUCCCGGAAAAUCGCUGUGCUGGGCUACAGGGAAGUCUUCUCUCACCAUCCAGUUUGUGGAGGGUCAGUUUGUGGACUCCUAUGAUCCCACCAUAGAGAACACGUUCACCAAGACGAUGACGGUCAACGGUCAGGAUUACAACCUGCAGCUGGUCGACACGGCUGGACAGGAUGAAUACUCCAUCUUCCCUCAGAGCUACACCAUUGAUGUUGACGGUUACAUCCUCAUCUACUCUGUAACGUCCUACAAAAGAGUCCCAAUUAUUUUAGUUGGGAACAAGAAGGACUUGCACAUGGAGAGAGUGAUCAGCUUCGAGGAGGGCAAAGCUCUGGCCGAGUCGUGGAACGCUGCCUUCCUCGAGUCUUCAGCCAAAGAAAACCAGACGGCGGUGGAGGUGUUCCGGAGGAUGAUCCUGGAGGUGGAGAAGAUGGAGGCGGGUCAGUCGGCGAGUCGGACUCCAUGUUCUAUGAUGUAGCUCCAACACCAUCCACAGAAGCUCUGCUGUUGGUCUCACAUGUUCUGAACGCUCAUACAAGACUCCUUUCAAAAAUCUGUGUAUUUAACGUUGACCUGUAAAAACAGUCGACACUCUAAACAACAAGAAGCACGGUUUUACCGUCUUUGUGAAAACAGGCAGACAAACUCAGGAUCACGUUUGCAGAAAAACCCUCGGUGCAGAUGUUUUCAACCUGAACUGUGAAUUGUAGAUGUCCAGAACAUCUGCACCGAGCACAUGCCGGAGAACGCUAGUCAGUGAGCAGCAUCUAAAGUUGAUUCAAACACUAUAAAUACAUUAAAUAUGAAUUCCUGUGAGGCUGAAUUCACCGUCAGACUGAAGAUUAGUUUCAUGGAUGAAGUCUGCGCUCCCUAAGCUAAUGCAGCGGCUGAUUAGCAAGACGACCUUAAAUUAGCAGAUUUUCUAAUGGAGUCUGGUUUGUCCGACUCAUGAACCAGAACAUGUGGAGACGCCAACAGAAAGCAAUGCAUGGACAAAGAAAAUGCUGUUUUGAUUUGAAGCGUCUCUUCCAGGGUUUCCUGACAUUUUCCUGUUGUUCCAUCGGUUUGACUAUGAGCUGUUUCUGAUAUGAGUUGAUGAGGUUGCUGCCUGAACUCCCUUCGACUUCUAUAUUUCUAACAGUUAGAAGCACUUUUUAUAUGGAAGAGGAACUAUUUGUGUUUUUAUGAAUGUUCUCAUUAAAGCUGUGUUCUGCUGUUUG